AUGCCUCCGUCUCAACAAGGCCCGCUCUGCUCGUGUCUCCAUCCACCUCUCACCAUCACCCCUACGCAAAGCACGCACGCAAAACCGUGUGACCAGUCAUCAUCACAUGACCCAAUACCAUCUACAUCUACAACCAGCGUUGUCGUCUAUAUAGUGACAGAUACAUGUUACCCUACUGUAUCCUCCUUCGACUCCAACAUUGGUACGACUACCGUCGACUCGGCGCACAGCACCAAAUCUUCGGCCAACGCGCGAGCCAAGAAAAUCAUAUACCAAAACGACGGAGGGGGGUGCACAGUCGAUAUAGAUAAGAUUAUUGAAGAGGUGCGACAGGGGCUGUAUACAGGGAUUGGGGUCGGUGGCAAGGAGGAGAAAGAAGGAUGUUGUUUUGCGAGGAGGUGCGCGGUUGAGGGGAAACUGGUCGACGAGGAUAGUGAGGAUGAAGAAUCUGGGGAGUCUGGAGUAGGGGAGCUUGAUGGAGUAGUGGAUCGGGACGGAGAUUUGGACGUUGAUAUGGGUUGA